AUGCAUCGUUACGAAUAACUCGUCAGCAGCCAUAUUUGUUGAUUAUCGUCUGAGAAGCUUCUGAUAAAGAAAUAUGUAAACAAUGGAGGAUAGAGUGAUGAAAACGACCUAAAAUUGUGUUCAGUUCGAUUUUUGAUAGUUUAUGCGUAUCUUGGUUUGCAUUUAAACAUGUUUUCCUUCGCGGUGCCGUAGUAACUUCACGUCUUCGUUUUGAAAAUGGAAAAGAACUUGGAAGACAAGCACAUGUAACAAAGGAACUCUCAUGACGUGAGCAUGACACGUGAUUAGAAAGGAAUUUUGUUCGAUUUUACCGCAGUGCAACCCGUAAGAGAAGCCAUGACACGGGCUAUGCACCAGUCAGGAUGAGCAAGCCUUCUAUUGAAGAUCCUGCUGACUUUGACAGUCCCCUCUUUGGACCAUUGAGUAAUGACAAAAGUCCAAAAGCAGGUUCCUCUAACAAAGAGAAUAAAGAUUCCAUAAAAAAGGAGAUAGAGAACAAUGCCAGUGGGUCUGGGUCGGACUCUGGAAACUCAAGUAGUGGUUCAAGCUCAGAUGAGAGCGACUCAGAAUCUGGGUCAAGGUCGGGUUCUAACUCGGAAACUUCAUCAUCAGAAUCGGAUGAUUCGGAGUCCAAUGAGAGGAGUGAGAGGAAGACGGCUUCCCACUUAGACGAUGACUCCCAGGAUACUCAGAGUACCAAUCUGUCCUCAAAGAGAGGCCGGCCACGCAAAUCUAGUAUCAAUGACAUCAAACAGAUUUUGCGGGAAAUGUCAGAUGAUCCUGACCUUUUGGGACUUAGACGAUCAGGAAGGGCGAAAAAAGAACCUGUUAGAUAUAAUGCUUUGGGUGACAGUGACACAGAUGAUAAGCCAAGAAGAAAAGGAGGAAGAAAGGGUUCAGAUGACUGGAAUGCUUCUGAUAGUGGCAGUGGUGAGAGUAGUGACGAUUACAAACCUUCCUCAAGGGCCUUGUCCAGGCCGGGAGGUAGAAGAAACUUGCGGGCCGCACCACCGAGGCGAGGCAGACAGGCCACCAGUAAUCUGAGCGAUUCAGAUGAGUCCAACAGUGAGGAGGAUACUCGCAGUUCUAACAGGAUUUACUCCAACAAAAAAAUCAGACGUGACUAUACCACAAGAAGGAAAGGAACUAAGAGUAAAGUCAGUUACAAGGAAGACUCGGACGACCAGACGGACUCGGAUGAUAUUAUUGAGGUCACACAGGAUCAGAUGGAGGCCGAGGAGGAGGACGAUAAUAAGGAGAUCAUAGAGAAGGUGCUGGACGACCGGAUCGGACGUGUCACAGCAACAGGAAGCAAAACGACCAUAUAUAAUGUACAAGACAAUGGAGACCCUAACGAUGGAGUGAACCCAGCCACCGAGGAGACGGAGAAGCAGUUCCUGAUCAAGUGGAAGAACUGGGCACACAUCCACAACACCUGGGAGUCAUAUAAAACACUGAAGGAACAGAAAGUCCACGGUCUGAAGAAGCUGGACAACUACAUCAAAAAGCAGGACGAGAUCAGAGAGUGGAAAGAUCAAGCAACGCCUGAAGAUAUUGAUUAUUUUGAAUGUCAGCAGGAAAUGGUACAGGAGUUGUACCAGCAACAUAUGCAUGUGGAAAGAAUUAUUGCUCACUCAAACCAAAAAAUGGCCAAUGAGAACAAUGGUUACCCAGAUUACCUUUGUAAGUGGGAAGGUCUUCCAUACUCGGAAUGUACAUGGGAGGAAGGCGAGCUUGUGUCACGGAAAUUUCAAGUGUUAGUGGAUGAGUACAAUGUACGAAACAAGUCGCAGAGGACCCCCACUCCAGCCAAAUAUUGCAAAGCCCUUCGAUACCGUCCAAAGUUCGCACCAUUGAAAAAUCAGCCUUCAUUCCUGGGUGGAGAAAAUAAUCAGCUUGUGUUGAGGGAUUAUCAGUUAGAUGGUGUUAAUUGGCUCAUGCAUACAUGGUCUAAAGAAAACAGUGUGAUAUUAGCAGAUGAAAUGGGCCUUGGGAAGACCAUUCAAACCAUAGGAUUUUUAUCAAUUUUAUACAAUACAUUCCAAGUGUAUGGACCUAAUGUGUUAGUUGUACCUCUCUCCACCAUUGCUGCUUGGCAGAGAGAAUUUAAACUCUGGGCUCCAGAAAUGAAUGUUGUGAUAUACUUAGGGGAUAUAAGUAGUCGAAAUAAGAUACGGGAACAUGAAUGGUGCCACAGUGGAAACAAGAGGUUAAAGUUCAAUGUGUUGGUUACAACCUAUGAAAUCCUCCUGAAAGACAAGUCUUUCCUGGGCAGUGUGAACUGGGCCACCCUGAUUGUGGACGAGGCCCAUCGGCUGAAGAACGACGAUUCUCUCCUCUACAAGACUCUUUUUGAAUUUAAUUCCAACCAUAGACUUCUGAUUACGGGUACCCCUCUACAGAACUCCCUCAAAGAACUGUGGGCUCUUCUCCACUUCAUCAUGCCAGACAAGUUUUACAAGUGGGCUGAUUUUGAGGAGAAACAUUCAUCUGCUCAGAAGACAGGGUUUGUUAAUUUGCACAAAGAGCUGGAAUCCUUCCUGUUACGUCGUGUAAAGAAAGAUGUGGAGAAAUCUCUACCAGCCAAGACGGAGCAAAUUCUACGAGUAGAGAUGUCGUCUAUACAAAAACAGUAUUACAGGUGGAUAUUAACAAAGAACUAUAAAGCAUUAAGUAAAGGACUGAAGGGUAAUGUGUCCAGUUUUGUGAACAUAAUAAUGGAACUGAAGAAGUGUUGUAACCAUUCUCAGCUGAUCAGGCCCCCAGAGGAAGAGUUCUCUGACAGACUUGCUUCUCUGGUCAAAGGAAGUGGCAAAUUAAUUUUGCUGGAUAAACUAUUAUUAAGGCUCAAGGAAUCUGGUCACCGUGUCCUGAUUUUCUCCCAGAUGGUUAGAAUGCUGGACAUCCUGGCAGAAUAUCUACAAAUGAGGCAUUUUCAAUACCAAAGAUUAGACGGGUCGGUGAGGGGAGACCUCCGGAGGCAGGCCAUGGACCACUUCAAUGCCGAGGGAUCAGAGGACUUCUGUUUCCUUUUGUCAACUCGGGCUGGGGGUCUCGGGGUUAACUUAGCCACUGCCGACACAGUCAUUAUUUUUGACAGUGACUGGAAUCCUCAAAAUGACCUGCAGGCUCAGGCUCGAGCUCACAGAAUAGGGCAGAAAAAUCAGGUGAGUGUGUACAGACUGGUCACCAAGAACAGCGUGGAGGAGGACAUAGUGGAGAGAGCCAAAAGGAAAAUGGUGCUGGAUCAUCUGGUCAUCCAGAGAAUGGACACCACAGGCCGGACCGUGCUCAACCGGGGCAUUCCUUCCAGUAAUUCUACCCCAUUCAACAAAGAUGAAUUGACUUCCAUUCUUAAAUUUGGUGCUGAAGAAUUAUUUAAAGAAAAUGAUGAAGAUGAGGAUGAACCACAGGUGGAUAUAGAUGAAAUUCUAAAGCGAGCUGAAACCAGAGAAGUGGAGGAAAAUAAUACAGGUGUAGGGGACGAGCUGCUGUCUCAGUUUAAAGUGGUCAGCUUUGACAACAUGGAGGAUGAGGAAAUAGAACAAACACCAGGGACGAGGACCGAGGAGGAAGACAAGUCCUGGGAUUCCAUCAUCCCUGAAGCAGAUAGACGAAAAAUAGAGGAAGAGGAGGAACAGAAACGCUUGUUAGAACUUAACCUCCCUCCACGAUCCAGGAAAUCACUGCAACAGCCUCAGGUUGGUGAUGACUCAGAUGACAAUAGCAGGAGAAAAGGUAAAAGGAAUGUGGAUGAUGAAGACAGCGAAGAAGACGAUGAUGAUGAUGAAGAUGAUGAUGACCAGCCAAGGAAACGUGGUAGACCAAAAAUGUCCAAGACAUCAGUUCGGGGCUUCAAUGACUCUGAAAUCCGACGCUUUAUCAAAAGCUUUAAAAAAUUUGGAAGACCAAUGACAAGGUUGGAUGCAAUCGCCUGUGAUGCUGAGCUUCAAGAGAAAUCAGAGAGUGAUCUCCAGAGGCUGGCAGAAAUACUGAUCAGAAACUGUGAACAAGCCAUAGAGGAGGCCAAGAACAAGACAGAGCAGGACAAUAAUGAAGGAGGUAAGAAAGGUAACAGGGGUCCCUCUUGCAAGAUUUCCAGUGUCUCUGUCAACGCCCAGGCAAUUGUGAAGGCGGGGCAGGAGCUAGAGCCCUUGGCAGCAGCUAUCCCUGCUGAUGCUGAUGAGAGGAAGAGAUACCAGCUACCAUUCAAAGCCAAGGCUGUACACUGGGACUGCAUCUGGGAUGUAGAGGAGGACUCCAACCUUCUGAAGGGCAUCUAUGAGUAUGGACUGGGUAGCUGGGAGGCCAUUAAAAUGGACCCCAGCCUUCAGCUUCAUGAUAAGAUUCUGCCUGAUGGAAUUGAUCUGAAACCACAAGGAAAACACUUGGCUACACGAGCUGAUUAUCUCCUGAAGGUGCUAAAGAAGAACUCAAGUCAGGAGAAUGGAGGGGACACGGUGUCCACAGGAUUGGGCAAGCCUAGGAAGAAGAGGAAGGGUAAACCCAAGACGACGGCCGAGAUAAUAGAGAAGGACUUCAGUGAUUCCGAGGAAGAUUCCCGUGCUAAUUUUAACAAUAAUAGUGCUAGAGAAGAGACCAGUCGUGAUAGCUUUUUUGAUCAACAUAAGAAAAAGAAAAAGACUUUAAAGCCGGACAAGAUUCCAGAGGAGGAAGAUACACUUACAAGGGAUUCUGUGGAUAUAAAAAAGAAAAAGAAAAAGGCAGCCAAAAAGUCCAAGCAGAAUGAUGCAAUGCAUUUCACUGCUGGAGCGGUACCUGUUCCGGUAGCUCUGGAAUCCGAGUUCACCGGGGAGCUACCAGCCGAAGUUUUUUCAAAGUGCAAGGAGAUGAUGCGGCCAGUAAAAAGAGCACUAAAACGCUUGGACAACCCCGAUGAGGGAAUGUCAGACAAAGAGCAGCUGGUACACACUCGUCAGUGUCUUCUGAAGAUCGGGGACCGGAUCAAUGAGUGUAUGGGUCACUACAACGACCCUGAGGUCAUCAAGCAGUGGCGCAGUUUUCUGUGGAUUUUUGUGUCCAAGUUCACCGAGUUUGAUGCUAAGAAGCUCCACAAGUUGUAUAAGCAUGCCUACAGGAGGAGAGAGGAGGAGCAGGAACACGAGGGUGGUAACAACAAACCACAGUCAUCGGAAAAACAUGGGAACCAUGUGGAAAAGCAUGGGGAGGGUAAGAAACACAAACGGCCCCCAGAGUCCGGGGAUGGAGGCGAGAAAGCGGCCAAGAAAGUCCAGCUUGAGCACCGGCCCAAGGAUCACAAAAGUUCUGCCUCUGUAAGUAACGGUCCCCGUCAUAGUGCCAGCACCAACAGCUUAACUCACAAACACAGUGUCCUUGAUUCUAGUCACGACUCCAACUCUAACGAUAGGUGGACUCAUGCUAGUCCCUUAGCACGGGCCGAAGAUCAACCUAGAACUAGGUAUGAGAACAGUUCCAGUGCGUAUGGGCGUUCGCAGCAUUAUCCAGAGAGGAAUUACCAUGGCAAUGACCCCAGGUUUGGGGACUCACACCAUAGGUUCAACAAUGAUCGGCGAGAGUAUUCUUCCAGUCAUGCAUAUCAUCGCGAUCGAGGUGAUCAUUCAUCAUCAAGUUACCAUUCUCAUCACGAUCACCACGGUAACUACCGAUCAGAUCACCGUGGUGACCGGCGUCCUGACUAUGGACAGUACGGUCACCGCGACUAUGGCAGCAACCGUCCCGAUAGUAGUAGUUACCAGUCUCAUACAGACAGGAAGCGUAAAGGGGACCCAAUCACAGACCGGAGAUCUCAGAAAGACCCUCGACUCCAUGAGGACACCAGCCGGUAGUAACUCCUGUUGGGUCCCACCUCCCUCAUCAGUCACCCCCCAACAUUACAGGGCAGGGUCUCCCGUUCAUCUCCCGGGUUCAGUCUGCCGUCACCCUCCUCACCACAGCUAGAGCGGGCAUUGUGAACACCCCAAUCUGGACUGAUUUCUCAAACCACACUGCCUCAUCUCACAAGAUCAGUGUGUUUUAGUGAUGAAAGACACAUUCUGGUAAAUGUGAUGGACUAAUUCACAGCUGACAUCUAGGACCUGUGAUCUGUACCAACAGAAAAGUGCUUGUUUUAUUAGUGUGUCCUUGUUUUUGCUUGUCAAGCAUUAGACUACAGUCUAAAACCAUUUUAACUUUGCUGUUUUAUUCAUGUGUCUUCGUUCCUUGUUUCCCCACUUCUAAGUGCAGCUGGUCUCAUAAAGACUUACAAGGACAUAGGUUUUAUGUAUCGAGUGUUGGUGAUCACUUGGUAUGGUGUUCCUUUUAUAUCAGUGCUAUUAUCUCCUACAUACAUGUACAUGUAGGUCUCUCGCGAUCAGGUCUGAUAUCUUUCAAUCACACACAAAAAAACUAUUGGCGAUUAUUUCUUUCUCAGCAGCAAGUAGCAACAAAUUCUUCAAAGUUGUACACCUUCUUAUAUGAGCAAGGUUAAGUUAUUUUUAGACAUAUUCAAUUACGCAGCCCAGUCAGUGGCCAUUUUAAGAGCACUAAUUAAAGAUAAUUUGCGUAGUGUGUAUUCUUAUUAGGGAGUAUGAGGACUACGUGUGUGCUAUCGGAGCUGGUCUGGUUGUACAAUGUACCAGUGCUGUGUGCCUGUAGCUGUAUGGUGAGAUCAAGUCUGUGAUAAUGUUCAGCCAAGGUUUAUGUGUUCAGUUGUCAAAGAAUGAGUCAAAUCAAUUCAUCUAUUAUUUGUACAUAUUCAUUUUAUAUGUAAAAUAAAAAUACUGUACAUGUAUGAAAUGAAAUAAUUAAAAAACUGGCAAA